CCGGGGAACGGGGCGUGGCCUCCGCCCGCCGCGCCGUCCCUGCCAGGAAAGGGGGCACCGGGGAAAAGCCGGGGCCGGGCAGAGGUCGAGUCGCGUCCUGGGUCCAUCCCGGCGUUCCCAGGGCCGCGGUGACCCUCGCGGCCGGGGCUUGGAGGAGGGGAGGCCCGGCCUUGCCCUCUCCCCUUCCUGGUUGGGGUCUGCGCGACCCAGCUCAGGCAGGCAGGGUCUUUGAGCGCUUUACAGCUUGGAGGCGGGUGGCAGUACUGAUCCCCGACGAGGAAGCCGCCGCGGGGCCACGCUGGGUCACCCCCCGGCCUUCUUAACUAUUUUUAGCUUGGGAGCGGGGUGGGGCGGGGUGCGGGGCUGCCGGCCCCACCUGGCAACCGAGCCCGGGCACCCGCCGCGAGCAGGGCGACAGAAGUCCUUGGGGUUGAGUUGGUUCUGAGCUCAGGGUCAUCUGUUCGGGCGUCCUCAGCGAGACAGUCCUUCUUGGCCAUCUGACUGGUCCCCUGGUCACACCACCUCAGUGCUUGGGACCUGAGGGCAGGUCCCCUGUAAGAAUCUGAAGCUGGGGCUUUGGCGCACUGGCCUGGCAGAGGUACCUGCCUUCCCAGCCCCACACUGGGGCUCCUCACGUUGGACCUUUCCUCACCCCACCUGCUCCAUCUUACAGAUGAGCGAACCUCAUCUGGGGCAUUCCGGCCCUCAGCUUACCUUCUGUUGCCUGGGCUCCCAGCAGCUGAGGUCGGCUUCCCACCCACCAUUGUCCCAAGUACGAGAGGCAAGAGGCCCCUGUCCAGGGCACUGGGCUAGCCCUGUUUGUGGUCUUUAGAGUUACCUUGCUGCAGCGGGGUGUUCAACACUGUCUGGCACUACCUGUUGACAGGAAGCUCCUGCCCCCAGGGCAGCCUGGGCCAUCUCACUUGUCCUGUUCUCUGACCUGGUAGCAUUGUCUCUGGGGGCUUCCUUGCUGAGAUUUGGGGGGCAACUGGCCCCCUGAGCUUCACUGAGGUCCCCCCAAAGGCCUGAGUGGCUGUCCGGGGCAGGCUGCCUGGGACCUCAAGCCGUGGUCUUCUCUGGGCCUUGGUUUCCUCCUGCAGUGCCAGCCCUGGUUAGGAACCAAGAUGAGGCCGCUCCUAGGACCUGGCCAUAGGAGUGGAAAUUCUCAGGAAGGCCCCUUGAGGGCUCGCCUCAGUGAUCCCAGCGUGAUGGCAGCCAGAGCACCUGCCCUGCUGCCAGGCCGGCCCCCUCGCUGAGCAGUCCCUGCACCCUGGCUCCCUCACAGGCACACUGACCAUGGCGGAGUUCUCCCAGAAUCGGGGCAAGCGGCGUGACGGCGAGGUGCUGGGCGGUGCUGUGGACUUCCUUCUGGCCAACGCCCGUCUGGUUCUGGGGGUGGGCGGAGCUGCUGUGCUGGGCAUUGCCACCCUGGCCGUGAAGCGGCUCAUCGACAGGGCCACCAGCCCUCGGGAUGAGGAUGACGCCAAGCGGGACUCCACGUGCCUGGAGGACAGCUGGCAGGAACUGAGCCUGCUCAAGGCCACACCACGCCUCCAGCCCCAGCCUCGGCCCACAGCCCUCAGCCAGCCCGUGCUGCCCCCGGCCCCCUCACCCUCAGCCCCAGAGGGGCCCGCAGACGCAGAUCCCCCGACGUCGCCUCAGCUCUGCUCCCCAGUGCCGUCGGUGUGCCUGACGUUCCAGGAGAAGCUGCUGGCGUUCGAGCGGGACCACGUGACCAUGCCAGUGGCCCACGUGGCUCUGGCCAAGCAGCUGGCCGGCGACAUUGCCCUGGAGCUGCAGGCCUACCUGCGGAACAAGUUCCCAGAACUGCCCUUCGGGGCACUCAUGCCUGGCGGGCCGCUCUACGACGGGCUGCAGGCGGGGGCCGCCGACCCCGUGCGUCUCCUGGUGCCCCUGGUGCUGGAGCCUGGCCUGUGGAGCCUGGUGCCUGGUGUGGACACCGUAGCCCAGGACCCUCGCUGCUGGGCUGUGCGCAGGACUCAGCUGGAGUUCCACCCCCGCGGGAGCAGCCCCUGGGACCGCUUCCUGGUGGGCGGCUACCUCUCCCCCCGGGUCCUGCUGGAGCUGCUCCGCAAGGCCCUGACCGCCUCUGUCAACUGGCCAGCCAUCGGCAGCCUCCUCGGGUGCCUGAUACGGCCGCACGUGGCCUCGGAGGAACUGCUGCUCGAGGUGCAGCACGAGUGUCUGGAGCUCCCCGUGGCUGUGCUCCUGUCCACUGCCGGCGCCCAGGCCGGAGACCUCCUGCUGGCCUGGCCCCUGGAGGGGCUGGCUGGCAACCUCUGGCUGCAGGACUGGUACCCGGCAGAGGCCGCCCGGCUGCGGGCCCUGGACGAGCGCGACGCUGGGACCCGCCGGCGGCUGCUGCUGCUGCUCUGCGGCGUCUGUCGUGGCCACCCGGCGCUGGGGCGGCUGGGCCGCGGCCCCCUGACCCAGGUGGUUCUGCACCUGGGCGAGCAGGAAGCGGACUGGGCUGAGGAGGCCCUGGCGGAGCACUUCCUGCAGGCCCUGGAGUUGCUCGUCGGCAGCCUGGAGCGGGCCAGCCUGCCCUGCCACUUCAGCCGUGGCGUGAAUCUCCUGGACGGCCUGCAGGAAGAGGACAUCGACGACAUGGGCUGUGCGCUGUACUGGGGCCUGCGGGCCCCCGAGGGGCUGCUCUAGAGGCGCGGGUCCAGGCGCACGCCUCCCUCCAGGGCGUCGAGAGCACCCUGCCCUUGCUUUUACCCCGAACGGGUCAGCGCGAGCUUGGGUGGCCUGCGCUCGCACUCACCCCUCGGCCUCAGGGCCAAUCCCAGAGCCUCGGCCCGCGGUAGCCACAGUGAGUCCCGGGCAGGGGUAACGUUGCCUCUGUUUUUCUGUCCCAAGGGUGAGUCACGCUUCCCUCGGGUGCAGGCUCCUUCAGGCUGCUGGUGCUGGGCGGUGGGCAUGGCCUUUGGUCCCCCAGGAGCCGAAGUCGCCUGGAACCCUCGGGAUGCAGCUUUUGGCUGACUGAUAGGCUGGCGUUUUCCAUGCUGCGUGUCUGGUUUGCUCUCUAACGUGGGCCAGCGGGGGCUCACCUGGGGGAAGGCCCUUCUCCUCCAGCUGGGGGCACUUUCUCUCCCGGCAGCGGGGGCCCUGGGAGAGCCCCUUCCUCGCUGGGGGAGCUGAGGUUGUGUGUGCUGCCCACCUGGCCCGGAGCUGAGGGUGUCCCCUGGCUGCUGCUGGGCCCAGCCCCCGCGGUGCUGGCACCAGCCACACUGGCUGACUCUGCACUCUCCCUGAAGCUGGCUGGGUCGUGGGGGGAGGUUGUCUGCCUCCCCUCCUAGGUGUCUCUCCUCUCUCUGGUAUCCUUUCUGCUGAAGCAAAGCUAUGCCUCGAGAACUGUGAACUAGAAUAAAAAGGAAAACUUCAAACGUC